UGUACUGCUGUAGUCUCAGUGCAUUGUCUUCUCUGCAAACAGUGGUGCGCCUUCGUGCAGACGACAGUUUCUCCAGCACCGCUCCCGUGUUCAGCAUGAGCAAAAUGGAAGUUAAAUGCCUGCUAAACGGAGUUGUUUAGUGCGUCUCAGCGGGACAAGAAUGUCCCAGAAAAGGGACUUGAACUCGAACUCUUACCCAGAUGGGUACAGGGUCCUCAGUACCAGUGAACUACAGGAGCUUCUACAAGAUGAAGACAAAAUAAAUCAGGUCGUGCGACUCAGUGAAAAGUUUCAGGAGCUACAGCUGGACAGGGAAACCUUGUUAGUGACCAAUCGGAGUCUUGCAGAAAAGAGCCUGUCACACCGCCCGCACCUUCAGAAUGGCAAGCUCCAGUUGGCUGCAAAGUACGAGAAGCUAGCAAAGCUGUCCACUGCCUGCAGGGAAAAGCAAAGCCGACUUGAGGCCUUCACACAGAAGCACAGCCCUCAGACUGCCCAGAAUCUACUCCAGGAGGAGGUUGCGCGUGCUGAAGAACAGUCUGAGGAUUUGCUGGAGAGAUUCAUGGAGGGCCACGUCUCCCUUGAGGUAUUCCUGGAUUCCUUUCAAAGCCACAGGAAGACGUACCAUAUCCGCCGCGCUCAAGCCGAGAAGCUCCAGGAGCUAAGCCGACCCGAGAAGAAACCGAAGAAACAAAAAGAGGAGCCAAAGAGGGAGGAGGAGCUUAAAGAGUCCCGCCCCAAAGGCAUUGGUGCUCACGGCCCUCCCCGUGUAUUCCAGCUCCGAUACGGUCUGACCCCGGCCAUCCUGUUGCCCCUCUCCUCUUCUUCUGCUUCAGUCCUACCUCCUCUGGACUCACGCUCAGGCCAGUCUCAGGCCUCGGGGUCUGGGGCUCCUCACUCUUGCCCUGGGCAGCCUGUCGGGCUGAGAGUAAUAGGACAGUUACCUGGCUGGCCGGUGAGACCGGUCCGAUUGCAACAGUUGUACAGACCCAAUCCCCAUCCGUCUGAACCGCCGUGUCGAUAACGGCUAGCACUGUGAAUUUGGUAUGAAAGCAAAGUCCGAGGUCGUCUGCCGUGUCCGCAAUUUACGCAAAUAUCACGUGAAGCCUUCAUUGAGUCAAAACUAAGUGGCUCCAAAAAGUAUUUUGACACAAGUCACACUAAAAAAUGUCUGAAUUUCAAUGCAUUAGAUAUUAAAUCAGGUGGCAUCUGCGAACAAAUGAUGCUAGAGCUUUUCUCAGAAUGAACUUUACUUAGCCAUUUUUGCUAUUCGUUUUAAACAACUGGUCCCAAAGAAAGUUAUAAAGUAAUUUGGUUUGAUUUUUUUUUUUUUUUUUAUCUAAUUCAAUGAGAUUCAUACAUGUUUAAGUUUGGCUAAAUUGUCCAAAUACUUUAGGGGCCACUGAAUAAAAAUUAUGCUGCCAUGAAAUCAAAAAUUCAUGUACCCAAAAAGGGAGGAGAUCGGAAAGCCAUAGAGUAUUUGUUAAUGUUGCUUGUCAUUGUAGCUUGUUCAUUUAAUUCAUUUGUUUUGUAUUUGUGAUUGUUAGGUCUGGAUCUGGCAGGUGUUUAGCUGCUGUUUGUAUGAGGGAAGUGGUCUGUUUCAUGAGAAAUAAACACUGCAUUUUGACUGGAAGGUCUUUUAUGGCCACUCUGAGGCUUGUGAAAUGGCGCCUUUUGUAAUGUUCAUGGUGUUCAAUAAAGUCUAAUCAUGAUGUAUAUUAUUAGCCAAUAUUUGCAGUUAUGCAUCUCAUUGUCUGCCUCAUUGGUGCUGUAGAUAGAUCCGGUUAGAUCUUCACAUAAUUGUUUUUGUUCUUUUCCUGUACGACUUGAAAAAUAUUUUAUACAAGUAUACGAACACAAAUGCUACACAGGCUUGAUUUCAUGCAUUGUUGUGUUUGAAAUUUGUUAGAACCUAAUUUGAGUUCUCACAAGGGCCACCGUGUACUUUACAGUAGUAUCUAAAAUGUAGCGCUAUAGUAGCUUAAACUUUCUCUUUCAAUUGAACUACUCUCAUGGUAUAGCAACAUCUAAAGAGAAUCUUGUUGAGCAUGUUAGUUAAAGUUAACUUUCAUGUUUAUAGACUCAACUGUCUGGUUCCGAAAGUAAAAAUCCCUUUCGUUUUUGUUCUACAAUUGUAAGUGCUUCUGUUAAAGCCAUCUGUCCAGUUUAAUUUUGCAAUAAAAUUGAAUGUAAGAGCGGAAAUCCUGAGGUAGAUCAGCAUAACCCAUGAAUCCUGAAGAGAAGGAUCCACCAAUCGGACAAUCGCAUUAAACCGCGGCAAACAAGGUCCACAACCGAGCCGCUCUUCCUUUGCUCUCAAACUGCUUAUAUAUUUGUAUAUAUCUGCAGAUUUUGGAAUAAAAUUUAAAUAUAUAUUGUUUCUAUACUUAUAAUCAACAAAUUAAAAUGAUUAGUUUCAUAUAUUUCCAUAAUUUUAUUUAUAUUACGUCAUUCGCAGUGCUUCAUGGGGUUGAAGUUCAAUCUCACACUGAAGAUGGCAACUACUCAGUCUUGUAUGUUUGUCUUUUUGUCCGAUUUUCAAAUACUUCUAUGUUUUAAAUUAAAGUUUGUGCUGUUGUAAUUCAACUCAGGGCUGGUUAGUUUGGUUCAUGGAUUAAAAUACUUAAUAUGAAAAAUUUUAUGAAAUCUCUAUACUUUAUACUUUCGGAUCCAAAAUGGCUGAAACUGUGGUUUCAAAGAAAAUUUGAAGGGAACUCUAUUGCACCCUUGUGUACUGAGGUCUGUUACCACCAUAUUAAUGCAAGAACACAUAUUAAGUAAGUACAUGUACACGACCGGCCAUUUACAAUGCUUUGGCCAAGCUAUCAUACCCAUGUUCUCGAACUUGCGUAGAGUCUGUUUCUGGCCUUCUGGUUGAUCAUUUAUUAUUUAGACAGCUGCAGCUCAAGUCUUUGAAAACCCAAGCUUAGCGAAAUGCUUUGUUGUUUCAAGUUUUUCACCCUUCGCUACCGAGUCAGAAGACAAAAUGUAUGGACAGGUUGUUGUCUUUGACUCUGCUCGCAGAUAGCAAUAAUUUUUCUCCAGGGUUGUGCCUUCACUCAAACUGAAGUUAAGUCUGGCUACAAAUACCUCAGAAGCUACUCAAAAUACCUAGGACACAUCGAAAUAAAAAAGGUGAUCGUGCCUUUGGUGUAGCAGCGCCUAAACUUUGGAAUAGUUUUCCUGAACAUAUUAGAGAUGCCGCUAAUGUGCAGGAUUUUAAAAGACAACUUAAAACACAUCUGUUUUCAAUAGCUUUUAAUCAGUGAUAAUUUUUUUUUUAUUAAAUGUGUUGCUGCCUAUGUGAUGCUUACUUUUAAGAUUAGAUCUUUUUUACCUAUUGUGUUAUGUGUUACAAUGUAAAGCACUUUGGUCAACUUGUGUUGUUUUUUAAAUGUGCUAUAUAAAUAAAGUUGCUAUUGCUAUUGCUACAAAUACAUUUGGAUUAACAUAAAAUACCUCUAGGUAGGAAUAUUCUUAUACCAGCUUCAGUGAAAAUUACAUUACACUGUGGGAUCAACUUAUUUAUGGAGAUCCUGUUAUUGAAUGCCUCCUGUGGACAUCAAAAGCUGUUUAUUUGUUAUGACAAAAGAGGGGUU